AUGUGUGUGCCGUUGCUGUUCCUCGGCGAGCACCGCCUCGGCAUCGACGGCUAUCUGCAGCCCUUGGAGCAGCGGCUCGAGGCACGCCUGGAGCGGCUGCCGGCCGCCAUGGAGCGCCUCGGCGUCGACGGCUACGGCCAGGCAGCAGCUCCGCCGCCCGCCGGCGCCGCGGCUUCGCGGCUCCCCGUGGCCGGGGCGCUGGCCAGGCACCAGCUUGCGAGCGACGCGCCCGCCGCCGCGCACCCCGCCGCGGCGGCCUCGUCGCGGCACCACACGCUUGCCGUCGUCCUGCAUCACGGGCACCAUUCUGCCCGCGGCAGCGCUGCCGGCGGCGGCCACCCGCCACCCGCCCGCCCUCCUUGCACGGCGGCGGCGCCGGCGGCGCGGGCGCCGGCGGCAGCAGCCGGCUCCUGGCGCCCAUGCGCCCGGUGGCCGCCCCGCCGCGCGCGGGGUGCGGCGCGGGGCGGGGGCCCAUGGCCCGCGCCGGGAGCUCGAUGGUCACCUCCGCCUCCCAGGCGGAGAUGCAGCCCUUGA